UGUUCGGUGUUGACUGAUGUGUCCUCCACUGGGGCAGCCUGAGCCGCUGCGCUGUAAAUGGUGAAGUCUUUACCCUCGAAAGCGACAGAGGGCGGAAUAAGGAGCACUCUGUACUUGAGGAACAGACAAGCAACCUUCAAAGCAGGAAAUUCGAGUGGACCCAGUCUGGAAAAGAAGAAAAUACCACUAUUUGCCCGCCCACGGCACACUUUUGGCUGAGGAACCUGCAGUGCCUGUCUGAGCCUGCCCGCAACAGCAGGUUUAGUGGAGACAGAUCUGUACUCUGCAAUGGCUCUGUUGACCCUGCAUAGACUCCCAUCCAUCUCCACUGCUCCAGAUGAAAGCCUCCAAAGAAGAGGGAGACUUCAGAAAAGGGAGAGCUUUGCCCUCGUGAAGGGGGCGGCCCUUCUGCUGGAAGAAGGCAAGGGCGGGGGCCUCGAUGAGGGGGCUCCACCUUCUUCUGUGAAAGAAGGCGGUGGAGCUCCACAGCACAGACAACUUCAUGCCAUGGUUGAACAGCUCCGACCAGAAGAUACCAUCAAGCUGGCGGUGCAGUUGGAGUCCAUCAGCUCGGUCAGAGUCAGGUAUCUGAUCAUUGUCUCCACCCUCGGCAAAAAACACGAGAGCAUCCUACUGGGCAUGGAUUUCCCCAACUCACGGAGUGAUCAGUGCACCAUCGGCCUGGUUCUGCCAGUAUGGAGCGACACCCAGGUGUAUCUGGACGGAGACGGUGGUUUUAGCGUUACGACAGCUGAAGAGAUCAGAAUUUUUAAGCCUGUUUCUAUGCAGACCAUGUGGUCAGUGCUGCAGGCGUUGCACGGCUGCUGCGAGCGGGCAGUCAAGGCAGCAGUGAUUCCAGGCAACGGCCUGGAGUGGGCCCAGCACUACCACCAGCACAUCGAGUCAGACCGCUUCUGCCUCAACGAGUGGGAAGCUAUGAACGACCUGGAGUCGGUCCGCAGGGACAGUAAUGGACAGAGCUCGGCAGACCGCAUUUCCAACGAGGUGCUGAUCAAAGAGCAUCUGAGAGACAUCAUGAGGACUGAAGACCUGGACAAUCUCACAUCUAAAAUGGUGCACUCUGCCCUGGAGACCAGGAUAGGCUUCGACAUGAGACCCUUUAAGGAGUACAUUGACAACGAGAUCCUGGUCACUAUGGCUCAGAUGGACAAACCUUCCAAAAUAUUUGAUUACCUUUACCUGGGCUCUGAGUGGAACGCAGCUAACUUUGAGGAGCUGAAGAAAAACAAUGUGGGCUAUAUUCUGAAUGUGACCAGGGAGAUUGACAACUUUUUCCCAGAGUCCUUCACUUAUAUGAACAUCAGAGUGUACGAUGUGGAAGCCACCGACCUGCUCUCUCACUGGACAGACACCUACAACUUCAUCAACACUGCAAGGAAAAGUGGACAGGCCGUGUUGGUGCACUGUAAGAUGGGCGUUUCUCGCUCGGCAUCCACGGUGAUCUCCUACGCCAUGAAGCAGCAGCACUGGUCACUGGAUAUGGCGUUGUCCUACGUUAGGAGUUGCCGGUCCAUCGUCAAGCCCAACGAAGGCUUCAUGAAGCAGCUGCACACCUACAGCGGCAUCCUCAAUGCAAGCCAGCAGCGUCACAGCGCACUCUGGAGGCGAAAGUCGAGAGACCAGAGACAAAAAUCAGUAUGCAAGGAGGAGGGAGGGGAGAAAAGAAAGCCAGCAGAGGAAGAGGAGGAGGAUGAUGAUGAUGAAGAUGAUGAUUAUGAGGGACUUGAUGAUUAUGAGCCGGGUGAUGAGGAGGAUUUAGAGAGUCUAGAUGAAAAAGAUCUGGGUAGCCCAGAUGAAAUAGAAGAUCCAGAGGAACACACAGAGGUGUUUGAAGAGCCCCCCCCACAGUCUGAGAACAACCAGUGGCCGGGGCAGACAGGACCACCAGAUGCCUGUCCUACUAUCACAGUAAAUGAACCAGACAAGGUUGCCACUCUGAGUGCUAAUCGCAGUGGCAGGAUGAACCUCUUCUCCCUCAUGCAGUCCAUCAGCGAGGAGGAUAAAGGACGUGAACAGCUGCUCGGCAGUCCGAGGGAGUCUCCUGGGCAGCGGAGGCGUAGCCAAGGCCGACGGGGUCUGAUUCACCAGAGGGCGUGUGUGGAUGUCUCACCUGAACCACGAAGCCUGCCAGACACCGGUCAAAGCAAACCCUAAAGUGAUCAAAGAGACGGAAGAGCACAGACAGGAGGGAGGGGGACCCAUUAAGUAGGAAUUCUAUGGUGGGGAGAAAUAAUCCUGAAAACACCUGAAGGAAAGUGUGCGCUGGUAAUAUAUAUUCCAAGGUUUUCAUACAAUGAUACACUCUAACUUUAUAUUUGACAUAUUUAGAUGAUGAACGUUUUUAAUUUAUGUUUCAUUGCAUAUCUCUGUUGACAAUUAUUACUGCAGAUGGUUCACUGUUGUUAAAAGGAUCUUGCUGUAGAGCCAGUGUAUCUGAAGGCUGAAGUCAUUAUCAGUGUACAUUUGUAGUAUUAUGUUUAUCAGUGUUUUAGAGUCACAUACAGAAGUACUGGUCUCUCCCUCCUCGUUCCCUCUCCCCUUCUUCAGCUCUUGCGUCAUCACUCCAGAGAUGAUGUCUAUGCAAUUACUGUUUUCUUUUCUUUUUUUUCCCUCUGUAUACGAGUACGCUGCCAAUCCGAGGUAGACGGUUUUAAAUGUUUUUCAUAUUCUCUCUCAUUGGAAGUGUUUUUCACAAGACGUUCGUUGUUGACUGAUGGGAGGGUUUCACUGUAUGUAAGCUGUGCAUCAUGGACCAAGUCAGGGCCAGUUUUAUGGCACUAGCCUGUUCCUAUUCCAAUGUGCCAAUGAGUAUAUUACACAGAAAAUCUUUUAUCAUGUCAGUAUGUUAAGAACCAAAGUCUCCAAUUUUAGUUUUUAUUCAUUCUAUUUAAACACCAGGGCUGCAUGAGUGCCUUGUACCUGAGAAUGAAAUACGACUCUAUGACUGGUGUUUUUUUUAGUGUUUUUGCUACGCGGUGGUGGCUGCAUAAUGUAUGUAUGAAUCUUGUACUUUUUCUCUAAUUGCAGUACAAAUGUGACUCCCCGAAGUGUUGCGAUAUAUAUAUAUAU